UACGGUAUAUACUGUCUAUUUUGCUUGCUUUUAAUCAGUUCAGUUUGUGUUAUGGAGCAACCGGCAACAGUGUACGGACGCGGCCCGAGCACCGGAGAAUGACUAGUAGGAGACGAUAGCCGGCCAUCGUGGAGACAGAUGUGGAUGAAAGCGACGUUAGUGGUGAUGGUGGUGGUGGAGGCGGCAGCCGCAGUCUCCAUCGUCUCCCUGGCACAAGAUGAAUGGGACCUUUUCAAGCUGGAACAGAAGAAGCAGUAUAACAACACAGUGGAAGAUAAUUUCCGCAUGAAGAUCUUUCUCGACAACAAACACAGGGUGAUGGAACACAACAAACUUUAUGCGCAGAAUCUCACUUCUUUCAAGCUCGAAGUCAACCAAUUUGGAGAUAUGCUUAGAGAAGAAAUUAUAGCGUCAGUGACUGGCUUCGACAAGGUGAACAUCAGUGCUGUGAUCAACAAUGUUGGGUCCACCUACAUUCCUCCUGACGGAGACGUACAGCUCCCCUCCACCGUAGACUGGCGCCUCAAGGGCGCUGUCACCGGUGUCAAGAGUCAGGGGCAGUGUGCCUCUGGGUGGGCAUUUGCAACGACAGGAUCGCUGGAAGGGCAGCACUUCCGCCGGUGGGGGCGUCUGCUCAGCCUCUCCGAACAGAACCUUCUCGACUGCUGCCAUCUGUGCUACGGGUGCCAGGGUGGUCGCAUGGACUAUGCCUUUACCACCAUCCAGCAAAAUGGUGGCAUCGAUAGUGAGAGUUAUUACCCAUACGAGGCCAGGAACAACGUGUGCCGCUACAACCCAUCCAUGGCAGUCAGCAAGGUUGUCGGGUACAUGAGCAUCCCUCCCGGAGAUGAGCAGGCUCUGAAGGCGGCGGUAGCCAAUGUGGGACCCGUGGCUGUGGCCAUCGACGCCUCCCUGCCCUCCUUCCAUUACUACACCCACGGUGUGUACUAUGACGUCCAGUGCUCGUCUGUGUCGCUGACGCACGGGGCGCUGGUGGUGGGCUAUGGCUCCCAGUGGGGCACAGACUACUGGCUGGUGAAGAACUCUUGGGGCGCCACUUGGGGCGACGGGGGCUACAUCAAGAUCGCCCGCAACCACAACAACCAGUGUGGCAUAGCCUCUGCUGCGCUCUACCCCCUGGUGUAACGUCUUCUGCUACUGCGUUCUAUUACCCCCUGGUGUGACGUCUUCUGCUGCAGCGCUCUACCCCCUGGUGUGACGUCUUCUGCUGCUGCGCUCUAAAUUACCCCCCUGGUAUAAUGUCUUCUGCUGCUGCGCUCUAUAUUACCCCUGGUGUACGUUUUCUGUUGCUUCUACCCCAUCCUCGCCUAGCGUAACGCCAACAAUCUUGACGCUGCUGUUAAAUAACUGGUAUUUGGAUGCAGUUUGCUCCAAUAAACUACAUGAUCACUGUAACCCACUGUUGAAUACAUCAACUGUGUGAUCUGUAUUUAAUGUUCCACUGCCGGGACACUGUAACACGACACACAGUCUUACAAUACAUUCACGUCUUGUAUUUCAUCAAUACAUAACUUGUGUGACGUUUUUCAAGUUACAGAUUGACGUGAGGUUUUGUGUAUUUUCCAGUCAUCAGUAAUGAUCCUUUUUCUCGAUUUUGGUUUUGAAUAAUAUUUUAGUUCAUACUUUUUUUUACCGUUUAGCAGAAACAAGCUUUUGUGUGUGUGUCGAUUUUGCAUGUUUGUGUGAUUGUGGUUAUGUAUUGUUGUUGAUUGUAAAGGUGUUUAAUAUAUCGGUUUUGGUAACAUGUUGUUAGGAUUUCAUGAAAUGUGUUUUUAUGAUCCAGGUUUUUAAAUACAUUUUGUCACGACG